CACAUUUGCAAUGAGAGAGUAGUGAGAAUCGGAUGAGCUGAAAUGUUACAGGGAAUGCGCAAUAUACAAUGUCAUCAUCAUGAGUAAGUUGAGAGUAAUUCCAAAAAAGCUGAAUAAAGUUUCAGUUCCAGAAUGAACAGAGUAACAGAAUCACCUCUCACCUCCGAAUAACUCACUUAUCUCAACAAUAAACUAUGAACAACAACAGAAUUGAUUCUGGAAAUAAUAAUAACAAUCUAAUUAUCAUUAUUUUUGGCCGAUCAAAAUCAGAAUAAUCAGUGACUUAAAUUAUUUGGCCAAAGUUAAACUCAAUAAUCAAGUUUAUAUAUAAAUUGUUCAUCGGAUCAAAUCUGAUUAUCACCGUUCGGGUUUAUUUUCAUUAUUAUUGUGUGUUAAUCAUCAUCAUCAUCCUCAUCACCAUCAUCAUGGCUUAAGGGCUUCCAUUAUAUUUUCUCAUCAUAUAUAUUCUGAUUAAAUCUAUCUAACAUUAUCAUCACUAAUUCUUUCACCAUGGGAGCUUUAUCUAAAUCUAAAAUUCAUCCAACAAUCAACUCGGAAAUCGAUGAUAAUCAUAAUUUAUCAAUUCGUCCAGUUAAUCACCACAAGAGCAAAGAAUUUUUCAAAAUAAAUGGUUGGACUCAACCUUUUCAUCCUCUUCAACUUCUUGCUUUCUUUUUCUUCUUCUUCUUCACAGGAAUAUGUUUCUUCAUAAUGUUACCAAUGCUUCCAACUUCAUCACUUCGGUAUAUCGUUUAUCCAUUAACUGGACUUUUAUUUGUGAGCCAUUUAAUUUUCCACCUGAUUAAUAUAACAAUUAAUCCCGCUGAUCCUGCUGUGAUAGAUAAAUAUGAUAAUCAACAACAAAAUGAAUCCCAAUCAACUAAUCGAAAAGGACCAAAAACUUUCGACAGAUCGAAACAUAAUCACGUCAUCGAGAAUCAAUUCUGUUACAUUUGUGAAGUUAAUGUUGGACCUAAAUCGAAACACUGUUCAGUUUGUAAUAAGUGCGUUUCCAAUUUUGAUCAUCACUGUAAAUGGUUAAACAAUUGUGUCGGUGGAGCUAAUUACAGACUGUUCCUGGUUUGUGUUACAAUUGCAAUGAUUGGAUCUAUUAGUAUAUUCGGGUUGACAAUUGUCUUUACAAUUGCUUAUUUUAAUCAAUCAAGUUGGUUUUAUGAUGAAUCAAUUUGGGAAGAUGAUUUUAUAACAAAUGGUCUACUUCGUGCCUACAUCAUCAAUCCAUCAACGUGUUAUCGUUCAAUAUGGAUAACGAUUAUCAUGAUGACAAGUAUCUUAUCCCUUGUCACAGGUAUCCUACUUUUGCAUCUUCUAUGUUUCCACAUUUUCCUUAAUUGUAUCGGCCUUUCAACCUACGAGUUCAUCGUUUCUCGACGUCAAUCGAAAGACUUGGAGUCCGAAAAACGAUCAUCUUUAACAUCCUCAUCAUCCUCAGCAUCUAAACGAGUUAAAUUACCUUCUAGAUUGAUUCAAAUUGCUCCUUGUUUCCGUUGGUGUUGUCAAGCUCGAUGUGAUGAGAACGAUGAAAAAACUGAAACUAACGGACAAUCGCAAUUAGUUAACCAUAAUCAGAGAAACACUGAUUGUCAAACUGAUUUGGUAGACGAGAGAAAAAUUAACAUGACAAAUUCAUCAAUUUCAGCAACAUUAUCAUCUUUGAAUCAUUUCAAAUCAAAUCCAUUGAUUCCAAUUAACCAAUUUAACGGUAAAUCAUUAAUUGACCGACUAGGAUCAACUCCAAAUAAUUUGAUAAUAAACUCAACUGACCAUGAUAAGGAUAACAACCAUCAACAGUUAAAUAAUGAACAGAUCGAUGGUAAAUUGAAAGAUGGAUCAAUUGAUAGAAUUGAAUACAAAAAUGGUUUAUUAAUCGAUUCGAUGAACAAUUAUCAUCGAUCAUCAUUAUUGAGAAAUUCAUGGUUAAAUAGCCAUCGGUCAUUUGAAGAGUCUCAUGGUCAAGUUUAUCUGGGAAGUCCUGAGAGACGAUUCUGGGAAUCAUUUAAAUCACACAAUCAACAUGUAAAGAACAAUCAAAAUUUACCUUAUAAUCAAUUAACGGUAAAUAAUAAUGCUCGAAAUCAAAUUGUUUCGAUUGCCAAUGAACAAUUAACGCACAAUUUAUCGCCCACACCAUCACCAUCAUCUUCAUCAUCUUCAUCAUCUUCAACAACGGUUGAUUUAAUUGAAGAUUAUCCAAGUUACCAAACACCGUCCAGAUCAAUUAACAGUGAAAUUAAUGAUAAUCAUGAUCAAGAAUCAAUUAAAUUGUCGACACAAUCAGUUGAACCAAUAUUUACACCGAUCAAUUUAAGACGAAACUUAAUUAAUGGUCGAACCAGUAGAUUAUCAUUUACACCUAAAGUAAUUGAAUCAACAACGACCACAAAUCCAGUCAUUUAUCCGGAAUCAUCGACAAUUGAAUCAAUUAAUCACUUAGAAGAAGAUAAAAUUGUUAAUCCAGUUAACACAAUUAAACCAAGUAAUCCGAUAGUAACUCCUAAUCGUGGUAAAGUUUUCCUUCGUAAUAGACAAUUAACUCAACCAAUAUUAUCAAUUAAUCAAAUUGAUCGAUCAGUUUUCUAUCCAUCAUUGUCGAUUGAUAAUUUAAAGGAAAAUGUUAACAAUCAAUUUAAUGAAAAUGAUGAGAAAAUUAAAAGGCAAACAAUUAGUGGUGAGAAACAGUUAACAGCCACUGAUGAUGUUGAUAUUUUAACAAUCAAUUGUAUCGUUAAUUUUAAUGAGAAUCAUCAAAAUAAUAACAAUAUUAUCAAUGAUAAUCAAAUAUCUGAACAAGAUAAUCAAUCAAUUAAUGUGAUCAAAUCAAAUCAUCAAGUUAAAAGGUUCCAAUCAAAUGUUGAAAUAUCAAGUCAACUUUAAGUCCAAAAUUAAAUUGUUGUCAAGUAUUUAAGAUAAAUCAAUUUUUAACUAAUUAAUUUGUAUUCUUUCAAUUGUAAUAAAAAAAAUGUAAUUUCAAACAAUUAAAAUUAAGAAAUUAAAACUUUU